AGAUGAAGCCUACUACCCUGGCCAUGCAUGGCCUCCAAUUUCUCUACCUUCUUCUUUCAACUCCCUCCUCCUCCUCCUCCUCUCGCUCAUGCUCGCAACAUUGCUCAUCAAAUUCGCGACCGUCGCAUUCACUCUUCUCUGUCUCCUCCGCCGCCGCCGCCGCUACUGGCUUCUUCUCCGCCUUCGCAGCCGCUGCCACUCUUUCUGAGGCCACCCAAGCACACGACCACCGUCUCGGACCUCCUAGAAUGGCACUCCUGGGCCAAAUCUCUCGCCGCCUCUGUCGGGUCCUCCUUCGAGGACUCCGACAACGGCCCGGACUCCAGUCUCCUCUGCAGGGAGCUCAACUGGCUGAUGGAAGACGUCCUCCACGGGUUCGACCCUUCAUUGAUGCGCAAAGCCGUCGCUCGCGACGACCCAGAUGUCAUCAUUAGCUCGAGAGCUGAUGUCCAGGAGCUUUACAGCUUAUGGAAGCAGAGGAUGGAGGAGAGAAGGCCCUUUCAGUACAUAGUCGGGUGCGAGCAUUGGCGGGACUUGAUUCUGUGCGUUCGAGAGGGUGUCUUGAUCCCGAGGCCGGAGACCGCAAUCAUUGUGGAUUUGGUGGGUGAUGCGAUUUCGAAAGAUGAAGGAUUGAGAGAGGGUUUGUGGGUUGAUUUGGGAACCGGUAGUGGCGCUAUUGCUAUUGGAAUUGCCAAGAUCUUGGGUAAUUAUGGAAGCGUUAUCGCGACGGAUUUGAGCCCUGUCGCUAUUCAAGUUGCCUCCUUUAAUGUAGAAAUAUAUAGCUUGGAGGAUAAAAUUGAGGUGAGGGAAGGUUCUUGGCUGGAACCUCUGAAGGGCGUUGAAGGAAAAGUUGCAGGUCUCGUGAGCAAUCCGCCUUAUAUCCCAAGUGAUGGCAUAAGUGGCUUACAGGCCGAAGUUGGGAGACAUUAACCGAGGCUUGCCCUGGAUGGUGGCGCCGAGGGCAUGGAUGAUCUUCUCCAUCUGUGUAAUGGGGCUGCUUCAAUGUUGAAACCUGGUGGUUUCUUUGCUUUUGAGACAAACGGAGAAAAACAGUGCAAGUUUCUUGUAGAUUACAUGCAAAAUCAAUUACCAGGAAGCUUUUGCAAUGUCAAUACAGUAUCUGAUUUUGCUGGUAUUCAGAGAUUUGUUAUUGGGUUCCGAAAUCGAUGAUCAGCGAUUUUCCGACUGUAUUUCCAUCCAUCAUUCAGUAAAGAAAGCAACUACAUGAGUAUGUGCUAUGAA